AUGGCUCCAUUGGAAUGGGAUAAAAUCAUGAAAGCUGACCUGGAAAAUCUAGAAAAUGAUGGGGAUACAUUUUUUGAGAUGCUUAAAGAUUUUGAUCCAGAGAAGGAAUCUGAUCCUAGUCAUUUAAAACAGCUCUUCAGAGUUUGUCAAAGUGUUAUGAACAUAAAGAAUGAGCAGUUGGCAGAAGUUAUUGCUGAUAUGGAAAAUGAGGCCAGAAAAGAUGCCAAAAGAGUUGAAAAACUGCAAACAAAAGUCAAGGAAUUAGAAAUGGACUUGAGGCAUGCCAAAAAAUUUUCUAAUGAAAAAGAAAGUCCAUCAAGCACAAAAUAUUUGCGAGAAACAGUUUUGGAACUGGAAGAUCAGAUCCACCAACUAAAUAAACAUAAAGAUGAUCUUCAGAGAGAUUUGAAUGAAGAGAAAAGAGCCAAUGAAAAAUACAAUGAACAAGUGAAGAACUUAGAGAAAUACAACAAUGAACUAAGGGAUGAGGUUAAUCAAAUGAGGCAAGAUAACAGCUAUUAUAAAAAGCAAUUGCAGAUACACAGAGACAAUCUAAUGAGUCAGAAUCAAGAAGAAGACCCAGAAUAUAAGCUUAAACUGAUUGCUAAGAACCAAGAACUGUCAGAAGCUAUGGAAGAGUUGCAGAACUUGACAGAUAAUAAUGAAGAACUGAAGAAAAAUUGUGACAUUUUGACAGGAAAAUUAUCUGAAGUAACAAAAAAUAUGGAACAAUUGACAGAUGAUUAUUUAAAACUUAAAAAAGUUACUCAGGAGGAAGACACAGUUAAUGACCGACUAAGAGCAGAAAAUCAGUACAUGAAGACACAGAUUUCUGAUUUGAAUGAAAGGUUUCAGUCAAAAUCUGACUCAGAUGAUGCCAUUAUGAUAGCAGUCAGCCACAAAGUGGAAGAAUGGAAAACUGCCUUAGCCGAGAAAGAUGAAGAAAUCCUCACUUAUCAAAAAGAGAUCAUCAAACUCAGAAGGCAGUUAGAAGCUCUCAAUAUGGAUGCUGAUCGGGCAUCAGUUGCUGCUCUUACAAAGGUAAUUGAAGAGAAAGAUAAACAAAUCAAUGAAUUAACUGAGGAGAUGAAAAAUUAUGCUGAUGAAAUAGAGGUAAAUGCUGCAGUUAUUGAAGAUCUUGGAAAAAAUCCUUCCAAAGCUGAAAGAGGACCAGUUCAUAAUUUACAGAAGAAGAUUCAAGAACAACAAGCUUUGCUGCGACAUAAAGAACUGGAAGUGAAAGAAGCACAGAAAUUAUACAAAGAGGCUGAUAAAGAUGCCUGUGAUAAAGAUAAACAAUUGUGUGAAGCACUAGAAAGAAUGAGACAGUAUGAAUCAGGAGAAUAUGGAUUGGCUGAUGCAGUGAGUGAAAUCAAGGAGCUGAAGAAACAGUUAAAAAUCCGAGAAAGGAAAAAUGAAGAAUUGAUUCAGCUUAUCAACAAAUCUGAAACUGAUAUGAAUGAAUUGACAGAUGAGAAUGAAUGUUUGAGAGAACAACUUGGCAUGGACCCCAAAAAACCAGUUGAUAUAAAAGAUUUUCAAUCAAAGAUCAGUGUGAAAAGAGAAGAACAACGAGCUCUAAACAUUGUAUUACAAAAAGAGAUUGAACGACUGGAAGAAGAAAGAAUUAUGCUGAAGCAAAAUAUUAGAAAACUUGCCCAACAAACUGGACAAAGAGCUGUGGCAUUGGGUCUCACUGCUGAUGACAUGGUCUCAAUUCAAAACUACACAGAAAAUCUGAAAGUAUCUAAAAUAAAUAGACCAACAACACAAGACACUCCAGAUGUGGAUGAUUUAAAGAUUAAGAAUAUAGAACUCAACAACAAUUUAACAACUAACCUCCAGCAGCUAAAAAAACUUUCCAAAGAAAAGGAUAAGCUACAAACCCGUAAUGAACAAUUAGAAGAAGAAAACAAAAGUUUUCAGGAUGCUUUGAAAGAGAUUCAUACUGACUUGAAAAAGCGUGGUUCUGCGGAUUCAGAAAAGGCAAUUAUUGAGUGCCCAUCUUUGGAGAAAAUGAUUGCUGUUUUAGAUGUUAGAAAUGCAGCUAGCAAUUCUGAUAUGUCUUCCUAUACUAAAGGUAAAGUAGAUGCUUUGCUUGACCAAAAGGAGGAACUCAAAAAGGCCUUAAAUAUUGCCAGACAGGAAGCAAAUUUUGCAAAACUUGAGAGUGAAAAGGCUGUUGAAAAAAUGAAAAAGUUGGAACACGAUAUAUUGUACCUUCAACAAAAAGGAAAGCAAGCUGGAAUAUUUCAACCUUUAGUUCUCCCAGAAGGCUUACCUGCCAGUAGUGCUGAGGUGAUUGCAAAUCUCAAUGAACAUCUCAUUGUUACUUUAGAGGAUUUGUUUCUAAAUGAGGAGCAAUUGCAGAAAACAGAAACUUCUCUGGAGAGUUACCGGUGUAAGAUGGCUGUAAUCAAACAUCAGCAAGGUUUAUUGUAUUCAGAUUAUCUUAAUGAAAAAAAGGAACAUGAAAAUGACAUAAUCAAGUUAAGAGAAAAUAUUAGAAAAUUAGAAGAACUUCGGGAACAGGAUGAAAUCCAGUUAAAAGAGUUUGAUCGUUGCCUUAAUACAUUGUCUCAAGAUGAUGUGGAAGUUCACAGACGAUUAGCUGAGCAGACCCGAAAGAUUACAGUUUUACAAAUAAAUGAAAAAGCUUUGAUGAGAAGGUAUAAUACACUGAUAGAAGUGGAAGGGACAUUGAGAAAAGAAAUUUCCAAAUUGAAACAUGAAAGUAUUGCAAUGGAGAAAGCAGUUGCUGAGAGGAUUGGUUAUUUACAACGUUUUAAGGACACAGCUAUGUUCCAAAUAAGUGCCUUACAGAAAGCCCUAGAAGAGUCUGUACAUUCAGUAGAUUUGGAGAGAGCCAAUAAAGAAUAUCAGAAUCUCACAGAAAAAUACAGAGAUCUCCUUGAGAAAGAAAAUGUAUUUGUAUCGAAAUCAGAGGCAGUAUCAAAUCUUGAGGAAGAUGUAAAAAGACUCAAAUCUGAAAACGAACAUUUGAAAAAAAUUUUGGAAAUGGAAAAAGAUAAAGUUCACACUCUAGAAGAAAAUAUGGAGAAGUUAUUCCAAAAAGGAAUGGCAACCUCAAAAGACCUACUUGUUAGUGAUAAUCCUCAAUCCUUGGCCAAGAGAAUGGCUAUGGUUGAAAUGAAAGAGUUACAUGAACGCCAACGAGCUGAACAUGCAGUGAACAUGUAUGAGAAAUAUAAAACAGUACUUAGGGAUUUGGAGAAAAGAAAUAAAGAACUGGAAGAAAAUAUGUCCAAGGUUUCACAAGUAAAUCUUGAACUUCAAAGAACUGAACGUGAGCUGAGAGAUGAACUUGCAAAUUCAGUCACUAAAGAGGUCAGUGAUGCUGAUCGAAAGAGAAUUACUGACCUUGAAAAGAGUGAAAUGAACUUGAAGAAUGAAAUUUCAAAAUUAAAAGAGGUAUCUGAUGUUGCCACAUCCCAAGUGAGAGCAUUAGAGAUGCAGCAGAUUUCACGAGACAAGGAGGUCAUUUCUCUUCAACAGCAAUUACUUGACUUUCAAGCACAAAGUGAUGAAAAAACCGUGAUAGGCAAACUUCACCGUCACAUUGUACAACUGCAAAUCAGUGAGGGGACAGCUGUUCAGAAAUUAGAGAGUGCCCUUCAGAAAGUGAGUAAACUUGAGGCUCAGGUAUUACGCUUGGAACAACAAAUUGAUGAGAAAAAUCAAAGUAUAUAUCACAAUCGAAAUGAGGCUCAAAACAAAAUCAAACAUUUAAAAAGGAAUCUGUUUGACGUUCGACGGCAAUUUGCAGGGGCAGUGCCUCUUUCUAAACAAGAAACAUUUACAAGGAACAUGGUUCAAAUUAGGGAAGAUAAAUUAAAGACAGAACAAGAAUUGCAAGAGGUUCAAGUGCAACGAAAACAAAUGGAGGACAAAGUUUUAGAGCUGCAGUUACUUCAGUCAAGUCAGAAGGAAUUGCUUGAAGCAACAUUAAAAGGUAGCCAUGCUGGGGCCAACAAAUUAACAGAGUGGCACUCAAAACUGGAGGCUUUGCGUCUUACUGAGCUCAAACAAAAGCGUGACAUUGUCAAAUUACAAGAGAAGAUUAGUUUUCUUGAGAAAACAAAUAAGCAUCAAGAAAUGACAAUUAAUGAAAUUGAAACUGAUUAUGUUCGAGCAUCCAAGGAAUUUGAAGAACGUCAGCUCAUUUGGGAACAAAGGGAAUUAGAACUUGAAAAAGUUAUUAGCAAUAUGGAAAAGCGAGCCUCAGAUAUUGCUAAUGUUGCUGCACAGUUUGGUAAAACUGUUGGGAAUAUUCCUGAUGCAAGUCAGCCUGUGGCAGUUCAGUUAGAACAGGCCAUUUCUACCAUUAAACAAAAUAUGAAAACUAUUUCUGAAAGUCAAGCAGAAGCUAAAGUAUUAAAACAACAAACAGAAAAAUUAGAAUCUGCAGUUCGGGAAGCUGAAAAGGCUCUUAUAGCAAAAGAUAAGUUGAUUUCUGAACUCCGUCUUCGUAUGCCAGCCACAGCUGAUCGUGAUAGCAUCAUCCAGAAGGCAGCAGCUUCAGCAGUAGAAAGUGUCAAACAAGACUCAAACUAUGAUGAUUCUAACAAUGAACAAGCAAUGAAAGUUGCUCAAUGUGCAAUUUCCAGUUUGAAGGCACGAAUCCAACUGAAAGAAGAAUCAAUCCAAAAACUUCAGGAUCUUUUAAAGGCAGCCCAUGAUGACAUGGAGAAGAUGAGUCGUAAACAUUUUGAAGAACUACAAGAGAUGCAGCUAAAGCUACAUGCAAAUACAGAUAAAUCUUUUCACAACUUUAAAGAAGCUGCUCGAGAAAUUGUCAACAAAACUGACAGUGAUACUGACUUUUCUCAACAGAUGAACAAAAUUACAGUUCUUGAGGAACUGGUUGCUGAACAUGAAGAUGCUUUAAAUGCCAUGGUAGAACGAUUAAAAGAAAAAGAUGAAGAAAUUUUGAUUUUGCGCAAAAAGCUGCAGCAAACAACUGAACAAAUGGAUAAAGAAAAAGAAGAUCUGUUGAAACAGCAUGGAGUUGAUGUCUCUAACAAAGAUAUAGAAAAUGAAAAAAUGGUUUCUAAAAUAAAAGAACAAGAAAAGGAUAUUGAGAUAUUGAAAGAAGAAAUUUCUGCUGUGAAAAAUGCCAAUAGUCGAACACCAAGUGCAAACAUGAAGAGAUUGGUUGAACAACUACGCAAUCAGCUUUCAUUAAAAGAAAACCAAAAUCAGGCAUUGGGCAAAGCUUUAUCAAAAAUCCGUGCUGAAAUGGUUGAACAAGCUGAAGAAACAUUAAAGGCUCAUCAAGAAGAAAAGAAGCAAGAACUCAAUAUGCAGAAAUUGGUAGAAAAACAUACAGAGGAAUUUAAAGAGCAAAUUGAGACACUACGAGCUCAGAAUGAGAGAAUUAAAAAUGAUCUGAAGAAGAAGCGAGAAAAAGAGCAAGAUCUUGAGUCACAUUUGGAAGAAGCACAAGAAGAAAUCACAAAGAAAAACACCAUAUUACAAAGACUGAAGUCUGAGAAACAAAAGCUUCAAUUUCAAGUAGAAGAAUUAGAAAAGAGAAAUCAGUUUAAGUCAGUUUCUAAGAAAACUAGUGAAGAUGAGAGCCAGGAGCUAAAUGAAAUGCGGAGACGUGUACGAUUUCUGGAAGAUGAAGUCAAGCGCAAACAAGAACAAGCUGAAAAACCUUAUGAGCAAGCAAAAACAGAAAAAUCAAAAAAUGUGGAACUUAUUAAGUGGGAAGAACGUAAAAAAUGGGAAAGGACUUUUGAAAAAAUGAAAACCAAAUUAAAGGAAACAGAAUCUGAAGUGGUAAAACAUGAAAAAGAAGUGAAACACUUAAAAAUUGCAUUGGAAAGAUUGCAACGAGAAAAAGAAAGUCUUGAAGCAAAAAUGAAGACCAUGUCUAAAACUCAUGACAUUGCAUCAAGCUCAACUACCUCAAGAACUGUACGACAAGACUUUAAACUCAAACAAGAAUUGCAUGAUUUAAAAGAUAUAAAUUUUCAACAAACAGAAGAAUUGACAAAACUGAAAAGGCAGUUAGCUAAAGACCAAGACCAAAUCGUGAAGGAACUUGCAGAAGAAAACAAAUAUCUUGUGAAAGAAGUAGAAGAAAUGAAAAAAGCGAUUAAAGCUAAAUUUACCAAAGAAAAAGAAUCACAAAGCUGUGCUGAGUAUCAAGCAGUGUUUGAAAAGAAUCAAGAACUGCAGAAACAAUUGUUACACUUAUCCAAAGAAAACAUUGAAAUUCAUUUUGAAAUGGAACAAGCCAAAAAGGAUGUGCCUCGUUUAAAGGCAAGAGUUGAGGAUCUUCAGAUUUAUGUGGAUGCUCUGAAAGAAGAGAAUAAUCGUUUAGAUGGAGACAGAUCUGGAAUUAAAAAGGUUGGAGAGAGUGGUAAAAGCCCAAAAGAACUAGAGAAAAUCAUUGCUCUUCUCAAGAAAGUUGUUGAUCGUCUUCAAGCAGAAAAUGAACAGUUGAAGAAAUUAGCAGUUAUAGUCAGUCAGAAGGAGCAAAAAAUUGAUAAUGAAGAGAAAAAAACACCAGCAUCACCAGAUAAACAUUUUAGUAAGGAGAAAGGAAGUGCCAAAUUGUUGACUGAUCAUGAAAAGUUAAGAAAAAACUUUCAGAAGGAGAAUGAAAUUAGAUUGAAACUUGAGAAUCAAGUGAAACAUUUGAUGGAUGAAAAUAAAAAGCUGACAAAUAGAAUUACAGAAGGAAAUACAAAGUUAGAUGGAGAUGUUGCCAGCAUAAGAAAUGUUGAAGAAGAACUUGAAAAUAAGCAUCAACUUUUAGCAGAUGUAAAAACGUUGUUGAGAGAAUCUGCAGAGAGAGAACAGAGUCUUUUGAAAGAAAAACAAGAAUUGUUAAAACAGAUUGACAUAUUGAAGAACUGCUCUAUGGAAUCAAUAAACACUGAUGCUAAUUUGAGAAAAAGCUUUCAGGAAGCCAGGUUGAAAAUAAAUCAGCUUGAAAAAGAAAAGGAGCAACUUUUAACUGAGGUAAAAAUUUUGCAACAAAAAGUCCAUGGAAAAACAACAGAGUCUCCUAAAGAUAUGCUGGAGAAAGCCAAGGAGUAUGAAUCAUUAAAAGCUAACAAUGUGGAACUGCAGUUGGAACUGAGGAAUAUGAAAUUGGAGAAUAAAAAAUCAUUAACAGAAAUUCAACGUAUGAAAAGAGAAUUAGAAAAUUUUGGACCAGAAUUCAUUGAAGAAAUUGAAAAUCUAAAAUGCAAUUAUAAAGAAUCUGUAAAGAAAAAUGUACUGCAAGAAGACCAGCUGAAAUAUUUGGGGGAAAAAUUUGGAAUUUCUGUUAAUAUUCCUGGUAGUGAACAAUAA